AGUGACAUUUCAGUCAAAGUCCAAAUCACAGAACAGGCCCAAAUUGACAAAUUAGUGUUAUAGAAAAUAAACUUAUUUUUAGAAUGUUCAAAUUAGAGUAGAAUUUGUUUAUCUUUUGUUGUUAUGUUUGUUCGGAAAUUUUUAAUUAAUUGGCUGGUGUAGUAAACAUGCAUUUUUCAAUUCCAGAUACUCAGGAAUUAAACGAGGGAAAUGGGUCCACUUUUAUUGGAUAUAAUAUACACAUAAAUGGUGUCUUUCACUGUACAGUACGAUACAAGCAAUUGCAUAACUUAAAUGAACAGUUAAAAAAGGAAUUUGGAAAUGACAUUGUUCCAUGUUUUCCUCCAAAGAAAAUAUUGCCUUUAACUUCCGGCCAACUGGAAGAAAGAAGAGCUUUAUUAGAGAAAUAUAUUCAAACUGUUGGCCAAGAUUCGAAACUUGUGUCUUCCGAAUUAUUAUCAGGAUUCUUGCGCUCCGCCCAACAAGAGACUGCUUGUCAAGAAAAACAAGAUAUUAAUUUAGAUAUUUAUACCAUGACUAAUUAUCCAAUUAAGAUUAGGGCAUGUACCUAUGAUCGUACUGAGUAUGUUUUAUGGAAAGCACUCAAACAAAUUAACUUGCCUCAUGAAUACGUACAGUAUUUUUCUUUAUAUCUUAUUAAAGUAGGCAGCAAUGGUGAUGUAACUGUUAUACGCAAAUUACUGGAUUUAGAAUCUCCUUAUUUAACUCAACAAAUAAUUAGGACAGCUACAAGAAUUGUUAUACGAAAGGGCAGUUGGGAUAAAAAUUAUGAUAGUGAAUUAAUGACAGAUCCAGUAGCAAUGAAUCUCUUAUACCUUCAAACAAUGUUUGAAGUAGAAAAUGGCUGGAUUAUUACGAACAGAGAAAACAAGAUGCAGCUAGACAAAAUAAAAUCAAGACUGGCCAAAAAAGAAUAUAUUGAAUUUGCUCAAAAAUUAAAAUAUUACGGCUUUAUGCAAUUUUGUCCAUGUUACUGUGAUUACCCCCAAGCUCAAACCAAAGUUUUAGUGGCAAUAGGUGAUGAGGAGUUAAGCCUGAGGAUUCUUAAGCCUGGUAAUGUUGUUACGGAAGGCCUUUUCAAAGUCACUAGGAUGAGAUGUUGGAGAAUAGUUGCCACAAAUAAUAAACAUACAUAUCCUGAAAACGAAUCAUACAGUAACAACGUUUCAAAUAAUUCAGCUUUGGAAUUGUCAUUUGAAUAUUUGAUGUCUAAAGAUAACUUGCAGUGGAUAACAAUAACCAGUGAACAAGCAAUUUUAAUGUCUGUGUGUUUACAGUCACUAGUUGACGAAUUAUUAAUCAAGAAAAAUGGCACUAAGAAAAUAGAACCUGUGAGGAAUCAUGGAAAAUGGACUUACAUGAAGAGAGAUGGUUCAUGUCAAUUGAUUUCUUCAGAGAAUAGUGGUUUAAGUCAUUCAGAUGACUUAGAAGGGCAGAGUGAAACAAAUUUUCAAGAACCAUUUUCUAUAAAGAAAUUACAGGAGAAGUUCUCAAGUGUUUCCUUUAAGAGUGGUCGCGAAUUUAUUGAAAACCAUGCUUUUGAAGGUAUCGGCGAUGAAGAUUUAUAGCUUUUAUACAUUUUGUAUUUUAAUUUUAAUUUCUUUUGGUGCUAUUUUAUUUGUCAAAACGUUUAAAGUGAAAUGUUCCGUGUCAAGAUAAGUAAUACACUAGUGUAAGUAUUGCUGUGACAGUCUUAUUGUUCAGUCCAUUUCGUGUGCCAAACUAAUUAAUAAAAAGGGUGAUAUUUUUUAACUAAUUAAUUGUUGUAUGACAGAAAAAAAUCAAUCAAUUUUUAUUAAGCCUGUGGUUGAAUUGAGGUAGCUGUUAUUAAAACUGUAUAUAUAAACAUAUUAUUUUAAACCUCAGAGUAACAGUCUCGAAAAAAAAAGCUUAUUGCCAAUAAACUUUCGAAUCACUUUGUAUUAAACCUAAUUUUUAAUGGCAAAUACUAAUAAUAUAUAUAUAAUUAUAAAUUUUAUAUUUUAGUUCUAUUAUUUUUUAUUAGUGUUAUUUUGUAUCUAGUUCUAUAUGUAUGUUUUUGUAUAAUUUUUGUAUUAAAUAGAGAAAAAAAUACAUUAACUAUAAUGACAUUUGUUAAAAAAAUCUUCCAUCCAUUUUUAUAUGUAUAUUUGUAACGAAAACAAGUACAUUUAAAAUGUAAGAAUUUUUACCACUACCAGUUUCAAAUAAAAAUGUGAUAUUUAUAUAAAUGCAACAGCAGUGUUGAAAACAGUUAAUAACUGGUUAAUUACAAAAUGAUUAAAAUUAAUUUCCAUUAGUUUUAACUCAAAAUAAUUUGAAAGAAAGACAAUAUAGGCUUAUAUACCGGAUGAUAUUUUAUUUCGCUCGUAUGGUAUAUAUAAUUAUAAUUUUAAAGUUAAUAACAAAAACGUUUUGUUACCUGGUUUUACCAGUCCUACGUCUUAUUUUGUUUGCUUAAAUUAGAUACGAGCUUUGCAUUUAUGUUUGUAACGAAUGAACCAAUGUUUGUAAUCUUUACUGCCUUUAGAAAAGACAAAGCCAUUAAAGUAACUUUAUUCUCUGAAACAUUUAUAGUUAAUUACCUUUGGUAUCUGACUGCUAAAUUUGCUUUUGAUUAAAAGUAUUUUAAAACAGUUCCUACCAAGUUAGCUAUACGUUUCUUUUAACUUGCCAAAUUUACAAUAAAACGACAUUCCAGACUUCAUAAAUAUGUUUUAAUAUUAU